GCGUUAACGUUAGCGUUUGUUAACGGGACAGAGUGGCCUUCUGCUCUCUGUCGACUUCUCUCUUUGUGCUGGCACGUUGUUGUUUUUCUUCACCGGACUUUUAUACGAUAAAUAACGAACUUUACUCUUCAGCUGUCCUUGCUGUCAUCAUGGAUACCUCUCCAGUCCUUCGUCUGCAAAGUCAGAACAAAAUACGGAGUGAUUUUAUGAGAAUGAAGAAUGAAACCAACAAAAUGCCAUCCCACCCAAAGCCUUCCAAACUCCAGUCAGCACCUCAUCUUUCUGACCAAAAUAUUGAGAAUCAGGAUCCAGGAAACUCACAAGCGGGCAGGAAAGCACCUGUACGACCAGGUGUCAGCAGGCUCCCAGUGCUCGCAAAGUCCCUUCGUCUUCAGACUCCCUCCGACUUCAGUCAGUCUCACUGUCAAUGGGAGGAUAAACCGCUGUCUGGAAAAGCCAAGAAGAAAAGGCCAAACACCAGGCCCAUUCCUUUCAACCUGUCCCAGCCAAAGAGCUCUAGAGUGGCCUCUGAAAAUCAACACCCUCUAACACUUUCACAAACAAAGACUGGCACUCAUGCUGUGAAACCCAAUAACAGUGCAUGCAAUAUUCAUCUAAAACCCCAAACUAGUAACGCAAAGUCUACUAAACAUCCAGCUACAUUAAAUAGUCAUUCAGACUCAAGCAAAGGCACGGCGAAGUCAAACGGGAAAGCUACAGAUCAUACAUCCCACCUGUCUGUGCAGGCUGUUCCUUCCACCACUUUAAAGACUUCAACCACUUUGUCCCAGCCUCUGUCAGCAGUAUCUAAUAAGGCUUUGCAUCAGAGCCAUGGCACUACCUCUGCACAGUCGGCUCAUAAUGCAGAAGCCUGUUUGGACAACAUGAGCCUGCUCAGUCUUAAAGAUCCAAUCAAGUCAGCUAGCCAGAACAUGCAGCUGACAACACAGGGCAAUUUUACCAACAGUUCAAAUGAAAAAGGAGAAAUCUUCCAGCCUGACCACGCAGCUUUUCUCAGUAUUCUCCGUAAUGAGGGAGUAAGCAUGACAGGUUCGGGAUCUACAACUCCACAGUCUAAAGCCUACAACUAUGUGCCGCAGCGUGUGUCCGUGAUGAGGAGUCGGCAAAAAGCUGGACCCAGUACUGGGUUAGUGAGGUCGAUGCAGUUCUCCCCAGACCCUGCUGCACUGCAGAGUAUCCUGCAGAACGAGGGAGUGAGGGCAGGAGGGCCUGUGGGUGCCACACCUUUCAACCCCGCCCGUCCAUCAGGCAGAGGCACUUCAGUCUACACAGCUCAAAGGGUCCCAGUUAGAAGGAAUCAUGUAGAAGGUGGACCAGUUGUUGCAUUAAAAGAAACUCCACUGAAGAAAUGGACUCCACAGAGAGUCCGUGACACCAGGCAUCAGCCCAUGUCUGCUGUGAAAUGGCUUCUUUCAACACAACAGUCUCCAUAUGGAGGCACUCCUGGACUGCGAAGCUGCAAAACCAACCUGCAGCCACAACAGGAGGAAAUUGUCCAGAGAUUAUUCAGUGACCAGGAGGACCAGCAGGGAAUGAAAGAUCCUGACACAGGUGCCAAUCAGCUCCCAGCUCAAAUAACAUCUGACCUGGAGAGUAAGCCCCACUGUGAAGAAAAGGAAGAAACCAGCAGAGCUACUAAGGACAAUAAUGAUGACCAGGAGGAGAAUGGGCAGGAGCAAAGAAAUGUAGGAGGACAGCCAUCCCUCCAAGCACCACACAGAGAGUCUGUCAUUUUUUUCUCAACUGGCAAACAGCUGUUAAGAGUCCCUCGUUUUGAGAAGCUUGAGAGCUCAGCCAAUCAGCAGCAGCAUGGUGUGAUUUCAUCAGCACAAAAAAAGAUGCUGCCAGUACAUGAAGAGAAGUCAUCUAUAUCAGAGCCAACCAAUCAGAUCAUUCCUCCCAUUCAGAGUCUGCACAGAGACCUCACUGUUCAGAAGACUUGUUCUAAGAGUCCUGCAGUGGCCAUGCUUCGCAAGCGUCUCCCUCAGCUGGAGGAACUGCGGUUGGAUGAGGAAGUGGCCACCUACACCUCUGUGAGUGUGCAGACUGCUCCAGGUUUUCUCCCUCCUCGGCCCCGCUGUGGAAACCCACUGGCCUCCAUCCUGCACUUUGAAGAGUACUCUAGAUUUGUUCCGAUUGACCGUGGUCUCUCGCCCGGACCUUCGUCUCCACUGCAGGAGAAAUGAUUGCACUAAAAGCACACAAUAUGUUGACCAUUACUUAUCCGGUAAAUUUACUGUUUUUCUGAAGAGACUUUCUAUGAACAGUUUUUGUCCAACACUGUUGUUGUAGGCCUUAAUAAAAGAAUGCUGAUUGUACCUUUUAUUUUUAAAAACUUUAUGGCUAUAAAUGUAGAUGCUUUCUUAAAAUAAAAAGCUUAUAAUUCUGUUAAAAAUAUAUCUUUUAAACUGUAGGUGCUCCUGUCUGCCUUUGAUGUGAGUAAGCAUCUAUUAGAAGAAUGUCACUGAAUUGAAUCAAUACUACAUAUUGUAAAAAUAAUGCAAGGAAUGGUCAUUGAAGGCUUGAUCAGUGUUACUACUAUAGUAUUCAUAGAGAUUGAUAUUAGAGUAUUUUUGUUUUCCACUUUUUGAUACGCCUGACCCUAUUUGUGUGAAUUGAUGAUUGUUUGCCAUGUACAGUGUCUAUAAUAAAUUUCU